UAAGUUGGUAAGACACGUCAGCCAAUUGAAAAGGGCUAGGGCCAUAAGUUAAACAGCCAAGUACUUUUUAAUACGUUUCCAUACAUUUCACCCAUUUUAUCUUCAAAAAUCAAAUUAAACAUUCAAAAAAUCAAUGAAAUUCGCAAAUCAAUAUUCAUUAUAUGGAAGAAACUUGAGUCAUUUAUAUUACUAGUGAACCUUAGUUGAACCUCUCUCUAUAUUACUUGAUUCGGCCUUGCUCUUGGAUCCUCUUUAGGUUUUCUUUUUACCAAGCAGAGAAAGUACACCUUAUAUCAUUCAUCCAUUCAUCCAUCCAUCCAUCCAUCCAUCCAUCCAUCCAUUCAUUCAUUCGUUCUUCGACUCUUCCUCCCCGACACAAUUUCAUAGUUCAAAGCACAAUCAAUAAAUCACUCUUUUGCCCAAUAUUAAUAAAUCGAUAAAUCAAUAAAUCAACAAAUUAUCAUUAUACCUUUGUUUCAACAUCGACAUCAAAUCAAAUCAAAUCAGCUCAGCUCAGCUCAGCUCAGCUCUGAUUUGACUGAUGGAUUAGACUUCAAGUGAGUAGUAGUAGUUGCGAAUUCCCGAAUCUCAUGGUUGAUUGGAGAUUGACUCACUUAUCCGCAGUAGCAUAGCCUUCCCGUAGCAGUCACCUGAUAAUUAUCAAGUCAAUUGUCGUCACGAUGAUGAGUACGAAAAAGGCUAGUGCAGGCAUCCGUCAUGAUGAUGAUAUCAGGGAAACAGAUUCACAUUCACAUUCACAUUCACACUCACACUCACACUCACACUCACACUCACACUCACAUUCGCGUUUACAUUUACCUUUCCGGCCUUCUGUACCUUCAUCACGUUCCUCUUCCUUCUCUGAAUCAUCUAAUAAUGGCAUGAUUCACGCCCCAAUUACUGUGAUUCACGAGAAUGCUUCGAGUCUAUUUGAACAUCGAGGUCAGAUGGGAUAUCUAAAAACUUAUGAGGAAGAUAUUCUCAAAUUGGCCUUAUCAUCGAUAUCAUUAAUCCCUUCAGAUCCACCAGUACUUUCUGCCUCCGUCAAAGAAUCAACAGAUAAUAUGGACAAACUCGAGAUCGUCGACAAGAAACACACACCAUUCGUUACUACAAUUCCUGAAAUUAUGCUUGGCAUCUUUAAAUAUCUUAAUCCUAUUGAUGCAGUCUGCUUCAGCCUCAUAAAGUUUGUAACUUCUCAAGAAUCCGUUGUAUAAUGAUGUCAUUCAUUAACUUUUCAUCAGUAAAUACAGUCGCAACAUAUAUACUUCUCAUGGCGCUCAUCAACUUCUUGACUUUCAACCACCUCUUCAAAUUGGUCGACCUGAAAGCAGAUUUCCAGUCAUCCCAGGACCGGAACAUUCAUGUCAUCAUUGUUGCCCUGUCGCAUUCUUCCCAGCACACUGCGAAUUGCAUUUUCAUCUAAGGAGUUUCAUUCCCUCAGAUCUUACCUUUUGUGCUGGACAAUGUCAAAUGUUUACGGAAUGUGAAUCAUUUGACCCAGAAUCAUGUGGAGCUUGUGGAAGAAGUUAUAGAAAACAGUUUGAGAGAGGAAGGCGAAUGAUUGAUGUCAUGAGACCAGAAGGACGCGUGAACAAAUGGUUUGAACAGCCGAGACUUGAUAGAGAAAAUCGCCAACGAGAGAAUCGUCGACGAUUACGAAGACUAUUGCACCAGGCAACAUCUAGUUCCAACUCGACGUCAAAUCAAACAGACAAUUCGCAAUUAUGAUGCUUUUGCGAACCAAAGUAAGCUCAAUGCAACAUUUCACAGCUUUUGAGCACAAUUAAUCACGACCCCAAAUACUCCACAUGUUCGUUCGAAGGCGACUUACUCCGAAAGGUCGUCCGUGUGCGAAAUUUGGAAGGCAUCUACGAUAGGUUUGGGAGUUUUGUUUGGGAACGAAUAGAAUGUUUGACAAUGGCCGGAUUUCUUUGGUACAAUUCAGGUUUACCACACCUGCAUGGAUAUUUUACUGGAUAGAGUUUUGAGACUGCAAACGGGUUAAGAUAGAGUUUAGUUUGUUUUAUGCAACGUAUUGGGGUCUCAUGGGUUGGAGUUCCCACAGGUAAAUGAGUUACGAUACAAUUCAGAAUAGCGAAUACUUGGAUGCAUUUUUGUCAAGCGGAGUUUUGGUUUUUUUUUUAAAAAAAAAGGAAAAAGAAAAAUGAUAAUAAUAAUUGGGCUAUGAUACAGUUCAUUCUCAAUAUACGCACUUGGAUAUUACAGAACACAGUUCUGAAAGGCAAAAUGAUGGUUACUGGCAUAUUCAAUAUGUUGGCGAUCUUUCAUCUGUAAAAGAGUAAUUGCGGAUGGCUUAUGGAUUCUCUCAUGGGGAGGGUAUCAACAGGUGAUACGAUUCGAUGAGCGGUGCAUUUGCAUAUGGCCUAUCCUAUAAUUAAAGAAUUGAAGCAUAAAAAAAGAGCUUUAG